UAAUAAUAAACAUGCUAUUUUAUAUUAAAUAUUUUAUUUUUAUUAUUAUUCAGGUUUAUUACCAUUUGAUAAUGUACUUUAUCCUCGAACAGGUGCAACUGUAGCUGCUAUUAAAGCACUUAAACAUAAAUUAGAUGCUGUUUAUGAUAUAACUAUUAUGUAUAAUAAAACUUAUGAUUAUGAUCGACAAAUUCGUUUACCUGCACCAUCAAUGUCUGGUAAAUAA